GUAAUUUCUCGCUGGCCUGUGAUGCCAUGGGAGAUGGCGAUGUACUGCUAUCGCUCCAGCUCUGUCAACUGCACAAAAGUAGGAGAGCCAGCAGCUUCCAGAAUCAUUGGUACCGGUUAUGCUGUCUAGCUCAUCGCCUGUGGUCUUCUCAGUAUGGACCCGGUGCUCGACUCGGCCCAUCUGAUCCCCGAACGAGACUGCUCGGAGCUUGUGCUUUCAUUCAUCGUCCUCGUCGUCCUCGUCCUCGUCCUCGUCAUCCUCGAUGUAACUCUCCUCGGGCUCUAUCCAUGGAUUCUCGGCUUGCAGAGGUUCCUCCUCGAUGGUCUCGAACAAGCGGGUAGCAAUCUCGUGCUUGAGCAUCUCACGCAUUUUGCCAUCAAUCUCGGUUCCGGCGGCCGUGUUCCAGAAGACCAUACGGGUGAGCAUAAGCAGAGAACCUGUGUCCAAGGGACUUUGAACCUCGAUUUUACGGUAGAUGAGGUCUUGUAGAGUGGUCAACUGAAGUUUGUGGGCAGCGUUCCAGAGAAUGCUAGCUCUCUCGGCGGCUUCUUCGAAUUGAGCGACACUCUUGACUUUUUCGAGGUGAGGGUGCUUGUCGUCGAUCAAGCGAGGCUUGUAGUCGCCAGUCUUGAGCCAUGUGAUCAGAGAUUCGAACAGGUCUGGCUUGAA